GGAUUUAAUUAGGAGAUACCUUGGCCUUACUACAAUUAAUUGUACAUAGAUGGUGAUGAAAAGUGCAGACUCCCAGCAGAAAACGGAGUUGAAGAAAGGGGCAUGGACUCCAGAAGAAGAUGAGAAGUUGACUGCUUACAUUAGGAGAUACGGUCACUGGAACUGGCGCGAGCUUCCAAGAUUUGCUGGUCUAUCAAGGUGUGGGAAGAGUUGCAGACUCAGAUGGGUUAAUUACCUCCGGCCGGGUAUCAAACGAGGCAACUUCAGCGCAGAGGAAGAUGAAAUCAUCAUCAACUUACACCAAUCCCUUGGGAAUAAAUGGGCUGCAAUCUCUGCGCAAUUACCAGGAAGAACCGAUAAUGAAGUCAAGAACUAUUGGCAUUCCCACCUAAAGAAGCGGUUGAAACAAGAUCCUACAGCGUCGACAAAGGAGAAACUGCAAUCCGAAGAAAUAUCUGAUUAUAGCAAGGCGGAAACCAACGAUAAUUUUAAGAAAGAAUCAGAACCCGAAACCUCACCAUCAAUUCCCGGUAUUCUUUCAGACGAGGUAGAACGUUUCCAGCUAUCGUCACCGGAGUAUUGCAGUAGCGAUCUCUAUUAUUCGCCGAGCACUGAUUCUGGGGUUAUAGUUGGCACAGAUAAACACAAAACAACAUUACCACAAUCUAGUGCUAGCUUCUGGACAGAACCAUAUUUGGCAGGAAAUGCUUAUAUCAAUGACGAUUUUCUGGAGGCCUUUGCCAACCUUGAAUCUCUGUCUCCAUUUUCUCUGGUCUCCCUGGGGGAACCCUUGUAUCAAUCUGGUUUCUUCAUUGACGAUUACAUGAAUAUAUCUUCAACCAUUUGA